GCCACCGCCCCGGUUCUGAGAUCAAUUGCCCUCAGAAAUGAAUCACUUCCAUAUGGCAAUUAUUAUCGAUUUCCCCGCAAAAUGCCGCCAUUAUCUAUCCUUCUUCUGAGCCAUGAUUAUGAUAACAAACUUUGGGGUAUCUUUCUGAUAUCGCUGGUGUCUGUUGGCCAAGUUAUAAAUGGUAGCCCAGUGGAGGUCUACUCCAAUCGAACGAAAGUAAACGACGCGUAAACGCGAUAAAAUCUGAUCAAAACUCUGGAAUAAAACUACACUUUGUAAAAUAACUAAAAAGGAUAAAAUUCAAAAGUCUUCAAAAUGGGUUGCCUAUCUGGAAUAGUUAACUUUAUUUUAUACAUUGUUAAUGUUGUGUUUUUGAUCGUCGGCAUCCUUCUGAUCGUUUUGGGAUCGAUUAUGUUAUCCGAUCUCAGUCAUUUCAAUGGCUCGGGUGAAGAUCCAAACACUAUUCCCAUUUGCAUUACUGUCCUGGGUGGCCUUAUAUUCGUGGUGUCCUUCUUUGGAUGCUUUGGAAUUUUCAAGCAGAGCGCUUGCAUGACAGGAGCUUACACCAGCAUGAUGUUUGUGCUCUUCAUCCUGCAAUUGGUGCUAACUUGCUGGGUAUUUGUGAACCGGAACGCAUUUUUGGGCGACAUGAGUAACCUGGUGAGCAACCUGUGGAAUAAUAAGGAUUACACCGCCAUGGGCUUAUUGGAGGACGCGUUUGGUUGCUGUGGUAAUACUGGAUACUCAAACUAUAAUUCUGUCAAUCUGCCUGUACCCGGAACCUGCUGCGGAUACUUGGAUCGCUCCAGCACUUGCAUGGACUCCUACGUCUACCAAUCACGACCCGGCUGCAAUUCGAAGUUUACGGAAUUCUGGUACGACAACAUGGACAUCAUCCGCUGGUCUGGCCUGGGAAUCUGCAUUUUCGAACUUGUGGUUUUCCUGAUCGCCGGUGCCUUGACGAACUGCAUGCGUAGACAGAAUGCAGGGGGCCAGGCUUACGCCUAAAUAUCCACAAUACACAGAUACAUAAAUUAUUUCUUUUUCUUUCAA